UUUAUUCACGUCAAUGCGUGGCAUGCAUAUCACAAUUUGAGUAGUUUCCUUCGACAGGCCGUUCCAAUGGAGUACAAAAUUGGAAACACAGGGUUUUUCAAGCUUGUGGUUGUCCUUCUUUCCAGAUGUAUUGUUCUUCAUAUCUUACUAAACUAUGUAUUAUUUCAAGUCACGUACAAUAGUGCAUAUGCAAACGACUGUUAUCUUGGAAUAUCUAGUCUUGGUUUUGCACUGAAUACAUUAUCUAUUUUAUCUUCGUGUGAGAAAUAUGUAAUUGCUUUACCUUACGGACUGACAGUUCGAGUACCUAAAUAUGUGUUUUCUAGCUUUGAUAUGUUAUUCCUUCAGUUGCCACUACCAACUUCGUCACUAAAUGGUCAUUUAGCAGGAAUUCUUGCUGGUUUGAGUUAUUUAAAAUCCUAUUCAUCUCUUCUAAUACAAAACAGAAAUCAUCAACGUGUAGAAGAUCUCUCAGAAUAA